UAACUGCAGUGGAAACUCAAGUUCAAAUAUUUGUUUUCGAACAUCUUGUAUUUUGGAAUACGGUGUAAUCUUGUGUGAUCUUCAGAAAAAUCACAGAAAGCUGGGAAAAGCACAGAUUUGAUGUCAUGGAGAAAUCAAUCUUUUGUUAACUUUUCUCUCGAUCGAAUUCAAACAUCUGUACACAAUUCACUGCUACCAAGUUUAUCUCGCUUCGAUCUUCUGGCAAUUUUUUUUUUUACGAUUUAGUGGCUUUCAAAGCUUACAUUCAUCAAGGAAAGCACAGUUUGAGUAAUGUAUACUUCUGUCGUGUCGAAGGAAACUAACUUUGAAACAGAACAAAGUCCCCAACCAGAGGAGAAAAUAGUGAUUCCUCCCUACAGGAGUCCAGAAUGUCACAACAAAUCUUUCCAAGCAAUGAACACCCUGCGUGAACAAAACCAGUUGUGUGAUGUUUUGUUGAAAGCGGCAGGAAGUGAGAUUCCAGCACACAGGGUUGUCCUCGCAUCAUCUAGUCCUUAUUUUUUUGCAAUGUUCACUGGGGAGCUGUCAGAAAGUCGACAAACUGUGGUAACCAUGCGUGAAAUUGAUAGCCGUGCACUUGAACUUUUAGUGCAAUAUGUGUACACAGCUGAGAUCGAAGUCACAGAGGAUAAUGUUCAGGUUUUGCUUCCUGCUGCUAAUCUUCUUCAACUAACAGAUGUCCGUGAUGCAUGCUGUGAAUUUCUGAAGGCCCAACUCCACUCCACAAACUGUUUAGGAAUCAGAGCUUUUGCUGACAUGCAUUCCUGCAGUGAUUUAAUGAUUGCUGCCCACUCAUUUGCAGAGAAACAUUUUAGUGAGGUUGUUCAGGCUGAUGAAUUUCUUGCUCUGCCAACCAUUCAAGUAGAAGAACUUGUCUGCAGUGACCAGCUUACAGUUCCCUCCGAGGAGAAGGUAUUCGAAGCUGUGGUUACUUGGGUGAAUUACGACCCUGAACAUAGACAGGAGUGCCUGGCACAACUCAUGGAGCACGUGCGACUCCCUCUGCUGUCACGUGAAUACCUCGUGAGUCGCGUGGAGACGGAAACACUGGUCAAAAACAAUAACAUGUGCAAAGAUUUUCUUAUCGAAGCUAUGAAAUAUCACCUGCUCAGUAAUGAACAGCGGUCAUCUGUACAGUCACCUAGAACUCGUCCCAGGACACCGAUUGGAUUGCCUAAAGUGAUGUACGUCGUCGGAGGCCAGGCGCCCAAGGCUAUACGAAGUGUGGAAUGUUACGAUUUCAAAGGAGAGAACUGGUACGCUGUGGCAGAGAUGAACUCUCGUCGGUGCCGUGCUGGAGUAGCCGUGCUAGACGGGCUCGUUUAUGCAGUUGGCGGCUUCAACGGUUCACUGCGCGUUCGCACAGUCGACUGCUACGAUCCUGGGAAAGACCAAUGGCGUCCUGUGGCUUCCAUGGAGGCGCGGCGCAGCACACUUGGUGCGGCAGUAAUGAAUGGACUGUUGUACGCCAUAGGAGGAUUUGACGGUACAACGGGACUCAACACUUGCGAAGUGUAUGACCCCAAGAUAAACGAAUGGCGAUCUAUUUGUCCGAUGAGCACCCGAAGAAGCAGCGUCGGCGUAGGCGUCCUCAACGGUCUGCUUUACGCCGUCGGCGGGUACGACGGCGCGUCGAGACAUUGCUUGAGCUCAGUUGAGUGUUACAAUCCAAACUCAAACGAAUGGGGUCUAAUGGCCGAAAUGAGCACGCGGAGGAGUGGAGCGGGAGUGGGUGUGGCCGAUGGGCUCUUGUACGCCAUAGGCGGACACGACGGGCCGCACGUGCGGAAAAGCGUGGAAUGUUUUAAUCCGGAGCAGAACCAAUGGCGAUCGGUAAGCGACAUGAGCAUGUGUCGUAGGAACGCUGGUGUGGCCUCGGUUAAUGGCUUGCUUUUUGUUGUCGGAGGCGACGACGGCUCCAGUAAUCUGUUUUCUGUUGAAGUUUACAACCCCCGGACAGACCAGUGGGGCUUACUGUCAACCUUCAUGACGAUAGGCCGCAGUUAUGCGGGAGUCGCCGUGAUUGACAGGCCUAAUACCUAAGGCAUUAUGAGACUCCGAGUGUUUUAGAUUUGAAAUGUUUGUUUUAAUUCAUUCCCGGGAAAGUUGCGCUAGCUGAGUGAGUCCUGUCGUGAACAAGGAUGAGGUUGUUGUUCUUUGCGUUCCUGGAUGUAGGGUGGUGCAUAUUUCGGAGAGCCAUUGGUUAAGGGCCGUUUCUUAGUUUCGAAGAAAAAAAAAGAUUUUAUCGUAUGAUAUUUAAUAAGAAAGAACAAGAAAGUGAGCUAGGACGAGAUCAUGCAUACUUUUGGCCGUUGUGUUUGGCAAUUUUAUAAAUUUUAUUUAACUGAGCUGUCUUACUGAAUACUGUAAUAUAAAAUACUAAAGAAAAAAUAGGGCGUAAUCAUGCAUACUUUUGGCCGUUGUGUUUGGCAAUUUUAUAAAUUUUAUUUAACUGAACUGUCUCACUAAAUACUGUAAUGUAAAAUACUAAAGAAAAAAUAAAACGAUAAUAUUUCGCAAAGGCGUAGUUACAUAAGGGGUAAAAGGGUAAGCUUUAUUUUACGAGGGUGACCCAAUCAGCCUUAAGGCUGGUAUCCAGAGGGGCCCUGGAUUAAAAAGUACAAUAAUUAAACAAUAAAUAAUAAUUUAAAAUACGGGAUGUGAUAAUUUAAAAAUACAAAAUUUAAAAAAUCGUGAACAUUUAUCAAAAAUCUAAAGAAAGAAAGUGACUCCGCGUUCUGAAUGUAACGAGGCAACAAAUUAAAAAGGGCUGAGCCCGAAUAUCUAAAAGUAAAUUUCCCAAGGCUUAGCUUCGGUUGGGCAGGUGCAAAUCGGUUCUUCUGCGAGUGUUAUGGCCAUAUACAUUGUAGUUUCUAAUAAAAUAGUUAUAUCAGUAA